AUGGUCGAGCUAUCGCGUGACGACUCAUGUGCGUGCAGGGGCCUCCAUGUCCUGAAUGCAGCGCAGGUUCUUGAAGAGGGCGAGGAUGCGAAGCUUCAAGUCGGCUACUCCACCGACAGGUCCCCACUUCUGGGGCAACUUCACAACGGAGUGGCCUUCGACUACCGAGCGGCUGCCCCACAGUUGGUUCGAUGA